AUGAGCGUGCUCAAGAAACGCGAGUCUCAGUCGCUUUCCGGCUACGGCGCUCAGGUCGCCGCCGCGCUGGACAACCUGGAAAACAACCUCGCUGCGUACGGCGCACACGAACUCGACCGGUUACAACGGGCCCGCCAUCUCGUCGAGCAAACAGGCCUUCGCGGGUAUAAGAAGAGGGCGGAAAUCAUCAACUUGAUGCGGUUCACGUACCAGAAAAGCAUUGAUGAUGAGUGGUUGCAUUACCGGACGAACAGGAAGCUCGAGAAGUGGUAUGGUGGUCAUGGUCCCGAUGGAGAGAACUUGGCUAACUAUGUCCACUGCUUGCCUCCAGAAUUUCUAUCUCAGUUCUCCCUGAUAUGA